AUGGGCUCUCUCUCCGACUAUUCGGUGCCUCAAGAAGCCAAGGCCGCUUUCAUCACCGGUAUUCUGGAAAAUCCGCUCAUGAACCACCUGCCCAGCGACCUCAAAUCUCUUGGACAGAAGGUGAAAUUCGAGGGUUCAACCAAGCCGAGCGUUCCUGUCAACUGGAAGUUCGCCGAGAGCAUCGCGGCUCUGAAGGCUCUCGAAGCCACUCUGAUCAACCGCCUGAUCAUGAAGAAGUACAAUGCUCAGCCAGCAGACGUUACUAUCAACACGGACCACGCGGCCUUGUUCUGCUUCUCACCUCUAGUGGCCUCCCUGAUCGGAGACGAUGGCAAGAUUACGCCAAUGGCUGUGGCAAGCUUCCUUCCCGACGCGAUGAAGAUGUUUCCCGACACGGACUUGCACAGGUGCUCAGCAAGCCUUCACCGCCAGCUCCCGACAAAUAUCUACAAGACCAAGGAUGGAAAACUUUACCAGAUGCAUGGAGGCAUCAACCCGGACCCCAUUCUCAAGGCAUUGGGCUUGCCGGCCGACGGAGAGCCCAUCGACACCUACGACGCGGUGGUAGAGCGGUUCGCGAAGGUCGUGGGUCAGUAUAAUUGGAAAGACCUGGACGAGCUCCUAAACGAGAAGCAUCGCCAGUCCGGUGUGAUUGCAUGGUCUUCAGACGAGUAUUUUGCGAGCGAGCAAGGCAAGGCGGUGCAGAACAUCGGGCUUUACGAGCUCAACCAAGCGAACAAUAACGCUCAGCCAGCAUCAUGGUGGCCAGAAAACGAGGCGCUCCCCUCAUCUCCCCAGAGACCCCUUGCAGGCCUCCGAGUCGUUGAUCUAUCCCGCAUCAUCGCCGGGCCCGCGAUAUCCCGAGGUCUCGCAGAGCUCGGCGCCAGCGUGAUGCGCGUCACUUCCCCCAACGUCACCGACAUGUCUGUCCUGCAUCAGGAUCUGAACUGGGGCAAAUGGAACUGUCACCUGGACCUCAACGACGAGGCGGACAAGGAGAAACUCAGAGCACUCAUUCGGGAUGCGGACGUCGUUGUUGAUGGCUACCGCCCCGGCGUCAUGCAGAAGCAUGGUUUCGGACGUGAGGAUAUCUUUGAGUUGGUGAAGACGCGCGAUCGGGGUAUCGUUCACGUCCGAGAGAAUUGCUACGGCUGGCACGGACCGUGGAAGAACCGCGGCGGUUGGCAGCAGGUUAGCGACGCGUGCUGCGGAGUUUCCAUGGCUUACGGUCAGGCCAUGGGCCACAACGAGGCCGUGACGCCUCCAUUCCCCGUUGCUGACUAUGGUGCGAGUAUCUGUGGCAGCGUCGGUGUCCUGGACGCAUUGAUGAAGAGAGCAGAGAACGGAGGCAGUUACGGCGUUGAUGUCGCCCUCAACUAUUACACCCAAUGGCUCAUCCGCUCGUGCGGCAUGUAUCCGGAUCCGGUGUGGAAGGAACUCUGGGAUCGUCACGGCUCGCCGGUCUUCAGGCACUAUCAUGCCAUGCCGUAUACCGUUCCAACAGUCUCCAAGCUUCUCUACGCUCACGACGUGACGACCCUGUUCCAACAGCACUUCUUCGAGACCCGCAGGUCUGAGGCCGUGAAUGGAACUUUCAUGGUCGUCAAGCCUAUCGCUCAGUACAAUGACGGCGCGGUUGAGCCCAAGUUCAACGUCGGAACCAGAGGAAACGGUGUUGAUCAGCCAUUUUGGCCAAAGGAUCUUUCUGUUGAGGUGGUCAACGAGUAG